AUGGGCCUUCAUACUUACCCAGCAGCGCAGGAGCUCCGCAUCUGUCCAACAGGAUGGGAAUCCAGCGAUAAAACCGAACACUUCUCCCUCUCGCCCAUGGGCCUCGUCAUGCCCAAGUUCUACGUGCUGAUUGCCGAAGUGUUCAAGUUACCAGACGGCGCCGACACGAGUGCGAUCGUCGCGAGCAUGUCCGCCGGAUUAGAGUUCGCACUGUCCCAGUUCCCAGUUCUGACUGGGGUACUGCGGAUGGACGAUGACAGCGGGCGUAUGUGGGUUGCGAAAAAGAGGGAUUCGGCGGUGGGGUUGCAUGUUAAGUAUUUGAUGGGGGAAGAUGAGUUUCCCGGGUAUGAAGAGCUGGAAAGAAGAGAUUUCCCCGCAAAGUUAAUCGCAGGGCAGAAGCAGCUCCCCGAGUCGGUGACCGCAAAGCAACUCCUCUCUCCACUUGGAAACAAUAAUAAGGACGGUACUUUCGUGGCGACCCUCCAACUGAACUUCAUCCGCAGAGGUUUCAUCCUAGGCGUCGCUGUCCACCACGUCGUCUUUGAUAGGCCAGGCUGUGAUGGAUUCCUGACGACAUGGGCGGAGAAUAGCGCGGCAGCGGCGAAGGGAACCGCGUUCAUUCCCACGCGAGAGUAUCCCAAUCUGGAAAACUCCGCGCUUGACGUUGGAACGCAUUCCCUGCGCUCAAGGACGCCGGCGAUGCCCCCUCUUGCUUGCGAGAUGUGUCACUUUCCCAAGAGCAAAGCAGACGCACUCAAACAGCAGCUAUCAACCAGCGUGGUCGACGGCUGGAUAUCGACGUACGAUGUUACCAUGGCAUUUCUUUGGAGCCGCAUCACCCGCGCGAAGCUGGACCUGCUGAAACCAGACGAGAAUAUGAAGGCCAUUACGAUCAAUGACGUGGACGCGCGCAAGGCGUGGAGCCCUCCUCUUCCCGAACGAUCCCUCAGUGUGCACUCCUACGCAGCCCUCUGUGAUCCUCUCACGAUCAGGGACAUCAUCGCCCCGGACAACCUGGCCAAGCUCGCGACAAGUGUGCGCGCAUCGAUUAAAGCUUCGACCCCAGAACAUUUCACAGGCGCGCUACAAUGGAUCGCCAGUCGCGACGACAAACGGUGGCUCGAGGUGGAUGUCAAGUGCUUCUUGGGCAUGGAUCUGGGUGCUUCGAGCUGGGCUAGGAUGACGGCGUAUGAGAAGCAGAAUUUUGGGUUUGGGUGUCCUAGAGCGCUGAGGUGGCCAAGUCCGCCAUUUGAUGGAUUCAUUUGGGUCUAUCCGAGUCGGGCUGCACAGAAAAACCCGGAACAUGAUGAGGGUGUUGAGGUCUGCGUUUACUUAGAAGAAAGCUCUAUAGAGAGAUUAAUGAAGGAUGAGCUGCUUUUGAAGUACGCUCAUGUGCGAGGCCUGUAG